GCCGUGGAUUGGGUGUGGAGCGGUCUCAAUGCGUCGAUUCUGUCGGUGGGCCUUCAGGCAGAUGCCGGUCACGUUCUCUUCUCCCCACCACGGGCUGCUGUUGGACAAGGUGCGGCCUCGCACGCCGACGUGAAGUGCUUCACCCGAGAUGGAUUGCUGGGGUUUUGCAUGCGGGAGCUUUGCUGCCGGAUCGAUGCCGUAGACGCUGCCAGGUUUCGCCUGGGAUUCUCCAUGUGGGAGCUCGAUGGUGACGGUGUGAAGGACUACUUCGCAGAGCUCAAGGAGGAGGCACAUCUUCCCUUCGGUCCGCUUGGCGUGGUCCGCUUUGCGACACCCGAAGAGGGACUCUCCUUGUGGGAGGCCUGUCGGUCGCCAGUGGAGCCGCAGGGGUCGCGUUUGCCAUCGACUGUAGGCAGCAGCCGCGAGAAGCAUGUGUUUGUCCGGUUGCUGCUUCUGGACACCCAUCGGCGGUCCAUGGCCGCCUUGCACUUUGUCGAGAUGGCCGAAUGGGAUGUGAUGAAUGGGGAGACGGAGAUCGGUCAUGAGGCCGUCCCUGGCGACCGGCUUGCGACGAAGUCCAAGGCACUUCAAGCCCUUCUGCGCAACCUUUCAUCGAGCUCACAGCCAAAAGUGACCUCUGCAGCGCUACCGAAGGCUCUGGCGCCGCUCAUCGGAGGAAACUGCAAGCCAUUCCUUCUCUGCACCGUGCCGGAGCAGCCUGGCAGAGUCUUUCCUGAGGUUCGCGAUCUCCUGGACGUGGCCGAGCGUGCCUCCCUGCUAAUCACCGCACAGUGCAAACGAGUGCAGGUGGAUUCAAGCCAGGGUUUGCUUUGCAGGACUGCAGCCAGAGCUCCGCGUGCUGACGAAGGAUUCUCGCCGCCGCGGCCGGCCAGCAGCCCACAGAGGAGAGAACCUACCACUGCUUUUGACAUGCCUCCCGCUCUGCGAGGUGUACCUCCACCACCGAGCCCUCAGCACGAUCUCUCCGACGUGGUGAGAUACGAAAGGCCGGCGUCAGCGGGUGCCUCUCCCGUUUCGGAU